AUGCCUCCACCAGAUGAUGAAGCAUGGUAUGACAAUCUGGAGAAGCUCAAAGAAUUCAAGGAGAAGAAUGGGCACUGCAGAGUCCCAAACUGUCAUUUAGGACUUGGCCAAUGGCGGGUGUCAAAUCAGCGGCAUAUUCAAAACAUGCCCAAACAUCGAGUGGAUGCCCUUGAUGCCAUUGGAUUUUGUUGGUCUGCACGUGAUGAAACUUGGGAAACAAUGUAUGCUGAAUUGAAGAAAUUCCAAGAGGAAAAUGGGCACUGUCUGGUACCAGCAACAAAUGGAAAACUAGGCCGAUGGGUCAGAGUUCAGGGAUGGCUUUACAACAAAGGGAAUCUGAGCAAGGAGAGAUUUCAAAAGCUGCAAGAGCUUGGUUUCACUUGGGUUGUAUGUAACUCUUUUGAUCCCUCGGGAGAACGGUGGCAGUCCAUGUUUGCCAAUCUACAGAAAUUCCAAGAGGAGCAUGGUCACUGCAGGGUACCAAGAGCCGACGGAAAACUGGGCCGAUGGGUCUCUACACAGAGAACGGUUUACCAUCAAGGGAAGCUGAACAAGGAGAAACUUCAAAAGCUACAAGAGCUGGGUUUCACGUGGGAUGUACAUGCUACUUCUGGUCCAUUGGGAGAAGAUUGGCUGGCCAUGUUUGCCAACCUGAAGAAAUUCCACCAGGAAAAUGGUCACUGCAGGGGAGGAGCAGCUGCCAAUUCCAAGGAUUCUGAUUUGGAUGAAGAUGACGAUGAUGAUGAUGAUGGUACAGAUGAGAUGGAGUCAAUAGAAGAAACUCAACAAGAGGCUGACGAUGAACAACCUUCUGAUGAAGAAAUGACUAGCAAGCCUCCAGCAAUGAAGCUCAAGAGAGCCACAAAAUGCCAAGGUCAAAAACUUCAAGCUUACUCCAGGAAAUGGAAUGCUACUCCCACAAAGAAAGCUGCUGCAGAAAAUGAUGACACCGAAUCCACAACUGAAGACAAGGCCUACAGGAGGAGAACUGCCCAAUUGGGGAUGGAAUCAGAAAAGGAGGAAGGAGAGCAGAGCAUACAGAUGGAAGUUUCGAGUGAGGAGGACAAUGAUGAUACCAGUAGUGACAUUCAAGGUGAGAUUGAGGAAGAAGAUGAUGACUUGGGUGUGGAGAGAUCUAGUAUUGGAAUUCCUAGAAGGACCAAGAGUUCCCAACUUCAAAAGCUCCACAAGCUGGCUGCUGCCCAGCAGACAAUCAUCCAAAACCAGAUUGAACGGCUGAACCACAAGAGAACAAUUAUCCGCAGUCAGAGAAGAACUAUCAGAAAACAGAAAAGGAUGAUCAACAUGCGACAGAAAUCCAUCCAAGAGCUCCCAAAUCAUUUGGCUGCUCUGCAACAACAAGUUGAAACAAUUCAACAAGAGCUUGCAGAUCUUGAGGGCUCAAGGCCUGACCUUUAG